AUGGUCUUGAACCUUGAAGCGGGUAGGGUUUUGGUCUAUUGUCAAGGGUUUUCUGAGAUGGUUAUAUCACUGGACAACAUGGUUGAUAGGCUUUCUGAUGUUAAGCUUCAGCCAACUAAGGAUAAGGUCGUUAAAGCCAAUGAGGUUUUAGCUGCUGGUCAUCAACCACGCCCUAUCAUGGAAACCAUCAUUGUAACCCUUUUGUAUCUUGCCCUGCAUAGUGAGAAAAUUGAGUUGGAGGGAGCUGGUUGCUGCUGUGAGGAUGCUACUUCCCCAAAGCUGAAAUUAGGAAAAACUCCACAUCCUUGA